UUGGCUCCACAGUGGAUUAGCGUCGAGCUCAGACCAUCGACAGCCUGACACCUGAGCUCCAGUGUGGCGCACAGUUUGGUCAGGAAGACGGAAAACUGUCGUUGUUAGUUUGGAAACAUGCGGCGGAAAGAGAGCACACCGUCAACAGGAGAAGAUCAACUUAAAGCGUCGUCGCUGACAUUAGCGGACGUGUAGUCCUACUGAAAGAGACUCGCGCGUAACUCGCGCAGCCCAUUAGGCGCAUUUUAUGGAGAUCUAUAGAUGACAAGACCUGCACGCUGCGGGUUGCUCUCAGCAUCUACUCGGAUCUCUAAUGUGGAACAUGGCGAGGGGGAUGAGAGGAGCUCAUCUGCUCGCUGUAUUUUUCACCUUUUCAAUAACACUUUUCAGGGACGCAGAUGGACAAGGAACUUUUAAUAACUUAACAGGUUUUAGUUUGAGCCCUCCGUAUUUCAACCUCGCUGUGGGGUCCAGUAUCUCUGCCACAGCAACCUGCGGUCAGGAUGAGUCUGGGACUCCGAAAUAUGAUUUAUACUGUAAACUUGUCGGAGGACCGACCACCGAAGUUCUUACUCAAAAUAUACAGGGUCAGUUCUGUGACUACUGCAACACCAUUGACCCAAACAAAGCCCACCCGGUGACCAACGCCAUCGAUGGGACAGAGCGGUGGUGGCAGAGCCCUCCGCUCUCCAGGGGACCGGGCUACAACCAGGUGAAUGUUACCCUGGACCUUGGGCAGCUCUUCCAUGUGGCGUACGUCCUCAUCAAGUUCGCUAAUUCACCUCGUCCUGACCUCUGGGUGCUGGAGCGCUCGGUAGACAAUGGGAGAACCUUCACCCCCUGGCAGUAUUUUGCACAUUCAAAGCACGAGUGUAUUGAAAAGUUUGGAAAGCAGCCCAAUGCUCGUAUAUUAAAUGAUGAUGACCAGCUCUGCACCACAGAAUUCUCACGGAUCGUCCCUUUGGAGAAUGGAGAGAUUGUGGUUUCUCUGAUCAACGGUCGGCCAGGGGCCAAAAACUUCACUUACUCACCAGUGCUGCGAGACUUCACAAAGGCCACCAACAUCCGUCUGCGCUUCCUCCGCACCACCACCCUGCUGGGCCACCUGAUCUCCAAGGCCCAGAGAGAUCCCACUGUCACACGCAGGUAUUACUAUAGUAUCAAAGACAUCAGUAUCGGUGGACGCUGUGUUUGUCAUGGGCAUGCACAGGUGUGUGGUGGAGGGCGUAACCAGGACAACCCAAACAGACUCCAGUGUGAGUGCCAACACAACACCUGCGGUCAGUCAUGUGACCGCUGCUGCCCAGGCUUUAACCAGAAGCCGUGGCGUGCCGCAACUGUUGACAGCCCCAAUGAGUGUCAACCCUGCCAGUGUUUCUCCCAUGCCUUUGACUGUUAUUACGACCCAGAGGUGGAAAAGAGAGGAGCAAGUUUAGACACCUUCGGCAGGUACGACGGAGGAGGAGUGUGCAUCAACUGCCAGCACAACACUGCUGGAGUGAACUGUGAGCGAUGCCUUGAAGGUUUCUACAGACCUUAUGGAGUACCUUCCGAGUCUCCCACUGGAUGCAUACUCUGCAGGUGUGAUGAAAGGACUACAGCUGGCUGUGAAAUGGGGUCUGGAAGGUGUAUCUGCAAGCCACAAUUUGCCGGAGAAAACUGUGAUCACUGUGCUGACGGAUACUACUACUACCCUCAGUGCAUUCGAUAUCCUGUAUACCAGACGACCACCAAAUCCCCUGCAGGACCUAUUGUGGGGCCGACCGCCUGCCCUCCGGGUUAUUUCGGCUCACCCAGCUGUCGGCAGUGUUUAUGUGACUACAGAGGGACAGUGUACGGGGUGUGCGAUGCUUCAGGACGCUGCCAUUGCCGUCACGGUGUGGAGGGGGAGCGAUGCGACCGCUGUAGACCAGGAUACCACUCCUUCCCAAACUGCCAGGUGUGUCUCUGUGAUGGGGCUGGUGUGGCUGACAACGUGUGCAGUCCAAGUGGCCAGUGUGUUUGCUUUCCCAACUAUGGGGGACAGGAGUGUGACAAAUGUGCACCGGGCUACUAUGGAUACCCAGACUGUGCUGCCUGCCAAUGUUCACAGGAAGGCUCAUAUGGCAACAUAUGCAACCCACUGUCGGGUCAAUGCCUGUGUUUCCCAGGGGUGGUGGGCCAGCAGUGUGACCGCUGUGCCUCUGGACUCAGGUUCCCCCAGUGCUCAGCCUCUAUCAGUGUGUGUAACCUGGCAGGAACUGAGGUCACUGAUCCUCGAACGGGCUCCUGCCGCUGCCUACCAAACGUAGAGGGAACCCUGUGUGACAGGUGUAAACCUCUCUACUGGAAUCUGGCUACAGACAACCCUCGUGGCUGUAUAAAGUGUCAGUGCGAUGUAAAAGGGACUCUGAGUGGUGUUGGAGAGUGUGAACAGAAAAGUGGACAGUGUCACUGUAAGCCUAAUGCAUGUGGACAUGCAUGUGACACCUGUAAGGAUGGAUACUACCUGCUGCAGAAAAAGACAUAUUUUGGUUGUCAAGGUUGUCAGUGUGAUGUAGGUGGUGCCGUUGGCAUGGUGUGUGAUGAGAUGUCCGGACAAUGUUGGUGUCGGAAGAAUGUAGUUGGCCGUAAAUGCACUGAGCCAGAACCAAGCUACUAUUUUCCCACUCUCCACCACCUGAAGUUUGAGGUUGAGGAUGGCACCACGCCAAAUUCCAGACCAGUGCGUUUUGGUUAUAACCCCCAAGAGUUCCCAGAUUUCAGCUGGAGAGGUUAUGCUGUAAUGUCUCCUGCACAGCCGGAGGUGAUCCUAACGCUUACCCUUGGCUUACCUGGCCCUUUUCAUAUUGUAAUGCGCUACUCUACCCCCCAACAAAAGGGGAGAUCACAAGUGAGAGCACGAGUGAGAGCAAGGAUCUUGGUGGUGGACGAAGCUGGCUUCCAGUCUUGCUGUGACUGGUCAGAUCAGAGUAAGGAUUUCAUAUUUCCUGAGAGUCCCUCCCCGUCCUUCCUCACUGUCCCAGGAGACGGCUUCGCUGAGCCGUUUGCUUUGACUCCUGGGAAAUGGGUCAUUCACAUAAGGGCACAGGGGGUUCUGCUGGACUAUUUAGUGCUGCUGCCCUGGGAUUACUAUGAGGCACCUUUGCUGCAGGAAAAGAUCACCCAGCCCUGCACAUACUUGCCCACUGCAAACAGGGAUACAAACUGCCUAUUGUAUAAGCAUGUGGCCAUGGAUGGCUUCAGCUCUGCACUGGGCUCACAAGGAGUACUCUCCAGCCGCAGCGGGCGCAGGAGGAGGCAAGCUCGUGUUCAGCGUCCCACCCCAGAUCACCCUGAGAUGGCUGCUCUAAAUGGCAGACAGUCGCAGCUCCAACUCAGUGUACGCAUACCUCGUCCUGGCCCAUACGCCCUUGUCCUGGAGUAUGCCAGCGAGGUGGACACUGUCCAGAAUGUCAACAUACUCAUCAGUGGCCAGUCAGGUGGCCAGAUCCCGGCCAGGGCCAACAUUUACAGUUGUACCUAUAGCUUUUUGUGCCGGAGUGUGGCCGUGGACAGCAGUAAUCAGGUGUCAGUGUUGCAGCUUACUCACAAGACGGAGGUCCUCCUGCAAACGUCCACUGCAUCAUUCCUGCUGUAUAAAGUGUAUGCAGUCCCUGCAGAAGAGUUCUCCAUUGAGUAUGUAGACCCCAGGGUGCUGUGUGUCUCCACUCAUGGCCGCUUCUCUGAAGACAGUCGGCACUGCAUUCUGAGGCAAUUUGACAAACCAACCUCAGCCUGGAUUUUGUAUGCUGCCCGUGAUGGACAGCUAUCUUCAACACGAGCUGUUUCUCCCCAACGAGGAGAGAAUGAGGAUUGGAGACGGAGACGUCAGACCUGGGUGUUCCCUGCCCGUGAACCUCAAAGUGAUGGGACAGUGCUUAAAUUCCCUCAGACGGAGAUCAAUUUCACUCCCAAGGUGCCCCUCCCGGGCAGGUAUGUGAUUGUGGUCCAUUAUCAGCAACCUGAGCAUACCUCCUUCCCCGUGGAGGUCCGAGUGGACGCAGGGCGUGAGUGGAGGGGUUCAAUAAAUGCAUUCUUCUGCCCUGCGGUCUCAGGCUGCAGGGAGGUUGUGAUCGCUGAUGGGCGCAUUGCCCUUGACUUUGACCAGAAUUCUUGGCAGCUGCCCAACAUCUCUGUGGUCGUGCCACCUAGGAAGACACUUAUUCUGGAUUAUAUCUUGCUGGUUCCCGAUAGAAGUUACACCCCAGAUCUUCUGAAAGAGAAGCCGUUGGAUAAGUCUGCAGAUUUCAUACAGCAAUGUAGAGGAGGAGAUGGUUUCUAUAUUGACCCGAGAACUUCUUCCCAGUUCUGCAGAGACUCUGCCCGCUCUCUUGUAGCAGCCUAUAAUGAUGGAGCUCUGCCUUGCAACUGUGAUAAGUCUGGCUCUACAGGGACCACUUGUGAUCCAGUUGGAGGACAGUGUCCCUGCAGGCAGCAUGUCAUUGGUCGACAGUGCACAAAGUGUGCCACUGGAUACUACGGCUUCCCCUACUGUAGACCGUGUGAGUGUGGUCGCCGACUGUGUGACGAGGUGACAGGACGUUGUAUCUGCCCUCCUCAGACAGUCAAACCAACCUGUGAUGUGUGUCAGAAUCAGACUUUCAGCUAUCACCCUUUGCUGGGCUGCGAGGGCUGUGAAUGCUCUCCGAAUGGCAUCAAAGCCAACGCCGGGCCUGACUGUGACCGCACCACCGGACAGUGCAGUUGCAAGCCUAGGAUUGGGGGCCGGCAGUGUGAUCGCUGUGCUGCAGGUUAUUAUCGCUUCCCUGACUGUGUACCUUGUGACUGUAACCAAGGUGGUGUCACACCUGGCGUGUGCCACCCAGACACAGGGAGGUGUCUCUGCAAGAGAAAUGUUGCUGGCGUCAAGUGUGAUACCUGUCGGGAAGGUUCCUUCUAUUUUGAUCCCUCCAGCCCUCACGGUUGUACCAGCUGCUUCUGCUUCGGGGCGACUGAUCAGUGUCAGAGCUCCAGAAAACGCAGGGGGAAGUUUGUUGAGAUGCGGGGCUGGCAUUUGGAAAGCCCCGACCAGGAGAAUGUUCCCUCUGUGCUGAACACAGCCAGUAACACAGUAGUGGCAGACAUCCAGGAGCUUCCUCCUACAGUUCAAACUCUACACUGGGUGGCACCAUCGUCCUACCUGGGAGACAGGGUUUCAUCUUAUGGUGGUUUCCUCACCUACCAGUCCAAAUCCUUUGGGAUUCCCAGUGAGGGGAUGACUCUCAUAGACAGAAGACCUGAUGUUGUGCUGACUGGUCAGAAUAUGACCCUGAUCCACAUGGCUUCACAAGUCCCACUUCCAGACAGGCUGUAUCAGGGCAGAGUCAAGCUCUUGGAGGGAAACUGGCGCCAUGCUGUCACCAACAGGCCUAUCUCCAGAGAGGAACUGAUGAUGGUCCUAGCCAGUCUGGUUGGCCUGAGGAUUCGAGCCUUGUACUUUACUCACAGCCAGAGACUCAGCUUAGGGGAAGUGGGCCUGGAGGGGACGACUAACACAGGCACUGGUGGUCCUGGAAACACUGUGGAAGAUUGUUCCUGCCCCCCUCAGUACACCGGAGACUCCUGUGAGAAAUGUGCUCCAGGUUACUACAGAGAUGGCAGUGGGCCUUACCUGGGCCGCUGUGUGCCCUGUGAGUGCAACGGUCUGUCUGAUGAGUGUGAAGAGAGGACAGGGAGGUGUCUGAACUGUCAGUACAACACAGCUGGGGACAGAUGUGAACGCUGCAAAGAAGGUUACUAUGGAAACGCGGCAAAGAGGACAUGCAAAGUUUGCCCGUGCCCAUUCAGCGUGCCCACAAACAGUUUUGCAAUAGGUUGCAGAGAGAUCUUUGGAGACUUCCAGUGUAUAUGCAGAGCAGGCUACACGGGACACAAGUGUGAGAGGUGUGCUCCUGGUUACUAUGGUGAUCCACUGACGUCAGGAGGAAGUUGUCGGCCCUGUAAUUGCAAUGGCAAUGGUAACAACUGUGAUCCUAGGACUGGAGUUUGCAAGAACACACUGGAGCCGGGAGACACAAACACUGAUGAGCACUGCCAAGAGUGUGAUAAUUGUGCCCAGACUUUACUACAGGAUCUGGAGAAGCUGGAUGACGAGCUGGGAAGGAUCAAGGCUAAGCUGGACGAUGCCAAUGCUAGUGCCUCCAUUCAGGAAAAGCUGAAGAAGCUGGAAAAUGCCGUGUCAGACACUAAGAUUCUUGUCAACAAAUUCAACUCGGCCAUCAAUACCCAAAAGUCCAGAGUCAACCAGCUGGAAGACGACGCGAUCACUCUCUCAGAUGACAUCAGCUCCCUCAAAGACAAGGCAGAUAAGAGGGCUGCUGAUGCUGACAAAGCAGUGGCAGAUGUUGGAAAAACUCACAAGAGGGCUAAAGAUCUGGAUUCAGAGAUUCAAAACAUUCUCAAGAAAAUCCAAGAUCUGCUGGACCAACUGAAUGAGGCAGACAACAGUGGCGGUAUGGUGCUCAAUGGAACCCAGGCUAAAAUGCUGGAAGAUGCUAAGCAAUUGGUGAAGGAGAUGGAGAAUAGGAACUUCACCCCUCAGAAGACAGCUGCUGAGAAAGAAAGAGACAAGGCCAAGAAACUGCUAGACUACGUCAAGGCUAAUGUAAGUAAGCAGUGUGACCAGAACGAGGCUGCAGCACAGAAUAUACGGGUACUUCUGAAGGGUUACGAGGCCAAGCUGAAGGACCUGGAGGAGGCUCUGAAGGAGGCGGUGGACUUGGUGAAAAAAGCUAAUGCCCAGAACGGACUCAAUGCUCAGGCACUGGGAGAUCUGCAGAAACGUAUCGAAGACUUAAAAAAGGAGCGGAAGACUGUUGAGGACCAAAUAGCCAUGGCAGAAGAUGAGCUGCAGAAAACAGAGGAUUUGGCGAAAAUUCUAUCCAACAGGAAAACGGAAUACGAACAGCUGGCAGCACAGCUGGAUGGUGCCAAGACCGACUUGACCAAGAAGGUGAAUGAGAUUACCAAGGCAGCAGCCAAGGAGGACAUUGUGGAGAAUGCAGAGGAACGUGCAAAUAACCUCGCCAAGCUGGCAAAGGAUCUUGAGGAUGCUGUGAAGAACGCAAGUGGACGGACUGAGGUGCGCGGCGCCAAAGACGCUAUUGAUGCCUACAAGAACAUCACAGAUGCAAUUAAUGCUGCUGAGGAUGCAGCUAAUGAGGCCAAAAGUGCAGCAGACAACGCCUUGAAUAAUUUAAAAAACCAGAAGCUGACACAAAGAGCGAAAGACCUGAAAGAGACUGGCGAUGACCUAUUGCAGAAUGCAAAGGAGGCAGAGAAAGACCUUAAAGGCGCUGCAGGCGACAUUACAGACGUGAAGGAGCGCCUGAAGAAUGCUGACAAGAAGAAGAAAGCUCUUCAGAAAGACUUGCUUGAUGCAGAGAACCAGUUAAAUGGCAUCAAGAGAGAUGACAUUGGUGAUAUGAUUGAUGAGGCCAAGAGGAAGGCAGCUUCAGCCAACGACACAGCCAGCGACACUAUGGACAAACUGAACGCCAUCAGAAAGGAAAUUGACAAGAUCAGUGUCACUCCCGUGGACUCUAACUUGAGCAGUGUGUUGGACGAUGUGGACAAGUCAGUGAAGAACUUGUUGAAAACCAUCCCAUCUCUGAAUGAUAAGAUCUCAGAGGUGGAGAACCUGACCUCACAGUUCUCCCCCAUUAGCAACAUAUCUGAGAACAUCAAGAAGAUCAAAGAGCUCAUUGAACAAGCCCGGGACGCAGCUAACAGGAUUGUGAUCCCGAUGAAAUUCACAGGCGAUGGCCAUGUGGAGCUGCGUCCGCCAAAGAAUCUGGAGGAUCUGAAGGCCUACACAGCCAUGUCCCUGUCGCUGCAGAGACCUGAAGGCAGGGGCGAUGGAAGACGCAGACGCAGACAGACCAGAGACAAAGGAGACAUGUUUGUGUUGUACCUUGGCAGCAGAGAUUCUUCUAAGAACUACAUAGGUAUGGUUCUGAGGAACAACGUGCUGUACGGUGUGUACAAGCUCAACGGAGUCGAGUUCGAGUUGAAAACAGGUUACAUCACCAUGUCUGCAUCUGAGCCGGCCAAGUUCGAUAGAGUAGACCUGCACAGAAUUUACCAAGAUGCAAAGAUGAUGCUCACUAAAGAUAUCACCUCAACCACACCCAGUUUGCCAAUUCAAGAUGAGAAGAAAGGAGAGGAGAGCAAGAACCUCCUAGAUCUCAGUCCGAGUGAUGUUGUUUUCUAUGUUGGAGGCUACCCUGCUGACUUCACUCCACCAGCUUCUCUCAGCCACCCCAAGUACAAGGGCUGCAUUGAGUUCUCCUCUUUUAACGACAAAGUUGUCAGUCUCUAUAAUUUCCAAAAGGCAGAAAAGAUCAAUGUGGAGACUCCAUGCAAGAGAUAUGUACCUCCAUUGGAUUCUGACUACUAUGAAGGCACUGGAUAUGGCAAAGUGAUUAUAGAUAAAUCAUCUCCUACCCUCAUCAUCAUUAUGACUAUCUUUACUCGUUCAGAAAACGGUCUGCUCUUAUACAUAGGAAGUGAGGACAACUACUUCACUGUGACGAUGGAGAAAGGCAUCAUUUUUCUACGUAGUAAUUUGCUCAAAGCACCAGCUACAAAUAAUGUGAAAAUAUUCCCGAAGAACGACUGGGCAGAAAUCUUCAUCGUUAGUACAAACAAGGGAGCAAUGAAAGUCCGGAUAGCCCAAGAAUACGUUGCCGAAGCCCAAGCUGUGUACAGCAACACUGACUUUAAAGAAUACUAUAUUGGUGGUGCCCCACAAGACUUGAGGGAAAGAGAUAACAUCACCAUACAGCCAUUCAAAGGAUGCUUGAAAAAUAUGAAGCUGAAUCAAGCUUUUAAAUCUGUUGAUGAGUCAAUGGGCAUCAGCAAAGGUUGUCCCAAGGAAUCCUUGGUUACUCGUAAAGCAGAGUUCAGCUUGGGGAGCUCCCUGUCAGCUGACCUCACAGGCUUUAGUCUGGCUGAUGACGUUACUGUCUCUCUCGGAUUCAAGAGCACAGAGAAUCAGGGUCUCAUUCUGCAGGACAAACAGCUGGCUAAUGGGAUUAAUCUUGAAUUGGAAAACGGCUAUGUGAUGCUCAAGUUCAACAACAAGAUCUGGAAAUCAAACAAACAAUAUCACGAUAACCAGUGGCAUUAUUUGACUGUAACCAGUAGAGCUGGAAGGAUUCAGCUGCUUAUUGACGACGAAGACAAUGGUCAGGAGCAGAGUGGCAGCACUUCCAUACCUGACACAGGUGGCUCCCUGUUCCUGGGAAGAGAGAAGUUCAAAGGCUGCGUUUCCAACCUCUACACAAGACGGCCAGACAAUCUGUACAAGGCUGAGGACUUCAGCACCUUCCAGACUUCUGGAGAUAUUUUGCUGGAUGUGUGUACUGCUGACAGUCCUGCUCAACUGAUGCUGGACCGCAUCGCUAAGAAGGAUGUAAUGCAGGCAAAAAAUGAGAGUCUAUCAGCGUGUGCAUUACCAGCCCUGGUUCAACAUGCCUAUCGCAUGGGAGGCCCUGCUAGCAGCCUGAGCUACAGCCUUCCACUUCAGGUCCUGCAGCCCAGGCCCCACUUUUCUCUGGAUGUCAGGACUCGAGCUCCUGAGGGUCUGCUGUUCUUUGCUGCUACCAGAGGAGGGCGCUCUCAUCUCGCGUUAUACAUAUCCAAAGGCAGGAUCAGACUGUCUGUAGGCAAACAGAAGGAGAUCUUCAACAGGGAGAAGUACAAUGAUGGAAAGUGGCACUCGGUCAUAUUCAGUUUGGAGAAGAAGAAAUUUCGAUUGGUUGUGGAUGGGAUCAGAGCCCAGGAUGGUCAGCUGACCAAUGCUGAGUUGACAUCCAUGCAGCAAUUUGUGUCACCUGUGUACCUGGGCAGCACGCCAGAGUCCCUUCACAAACAGCUGAAGGCAAAGGCCCUACCAAAACAAAGUGUGUCUGGCUGUAUCCGCAAUUUUAAAAUGAACAGUGUACCAAUGUCAAAUCCAACCACAAACCAUGGUGCUGGCCCCUGCUUCGAGGGACAGACACAAAGAGGGGCCUAUUUCUCAGGGAAUGGAGCACAUGCCAUUAUCAAUGACUCCUUUGUUGUGGGCUCCAGCUUUGAGCUGCUGUUUAAUAUUCGUCCACGGAGUCUGACCGGACUCCUGCUACAUGUUGGUGAUUCCAGCAGGGGCCAAUAUGGACCUGCGAUGGGCCACUAUCUCAGUGUCUACAUGCUCAGAGGAGAGGUAGUGGCGCAAGUGAACAAUGGAAAGAGCGAAUUCAUGGUGUCGGUGAAGCCAAAAGCUUCUUUAUGUGAUGGAAUGUUUCAUAAAAUUUCAGUAAUCAAGAGGAAAAAUGUUGUGCAGCUGCAUGUGGACACAAUAGACAAUUACAAGAUUGGACCACCGUCCUCCACUACAACUUUGACCAAAGACUCCUUGUAUGUGGGUGGCAUUCCUGAGAUGUCAAUGCAACAGGCGCUCCCUGUCACAUCGUCCUUUGUGGGAUGCAUCCAGGACAUGUGGAUCAACAGCGACUCGGUCUCUUUCGACAGGCUGUCUGGUGUGUUCGGUCCAGUCAACCUCAGAGAGUGUCCAGGCUGAGCGACCGCGUCUCACUGCAUCAUCAUUCAACAAACCUUGGGACCACGUCCACCGCCAACCAAGUGCAAUCUGUUACCAAGACAGAGAAUGUGUUUGCGUGUAAUAAUGUAUAGAUUAUGAGGAGUGCGUUUCAGUGUGAGUGUGUGUGUGUGUGUGAGUCUGUGUAUUUGAGUGUGUGUGUGUGUGUAAUAAUAAAGAUAUGAGCAGCAGCUUACAGGUUCAUAAUAUUUGCUGCUCAGUUAACCAUUCUGUAUUUAUUUUGUGAUAAAAUCAUGUAUCACGGCACCAAUUCACAAAUGCAUAUUCUAACAGUUGUUUUACAGUCUGAUGUGUUGGUCCAUUCAUUUUCUGUCGACAAUCAAAUGCUACUGAAUAUGCUUGUGAUUGGUCAGGGCGGCAGUAUGAGCAGCGCAGCACUUUAAGAAAACAAACAAUGACUUUUGUGAUGGUGCUAUAAUGGAGAUCAACAUUAUUAGUUGAUUUUUGUUUGUUUGUUGGACUAGAAUAAUUACGUUUACACCCACGGUGCUCAAUUCAGUGACAUUUCAGGGGCUGCCUAGCUAUUUUAUUGUCAUAUCCACAUGUCAGCAUGUAGAAUUCUGCAUUAACUGAAUAACUGGUUCAAUAGACAUGGAGUCUUCACCACAGGCCAUGAAAUCACAUGGGUCCCCCCCCCCAUAUUGUAUUACCGUUGUUCUGAAUUCAUUUUCCAUUUUGCAUUCCUUUUUCAUGCAUGAGGACAAUCUGUGUGGCUGUUAACGUCAGUCACACCAGAAAACAGCACGUACUGAAUUUUGUGGAGCAUCGUCAAUGUGUUGAAAAACCAAUAUAAAUGCCAUUAGCACAAGUCUCACAAAACUUUGGUCAGUCAUGUUUGGGACCAUCUAGCCCACUUAACUAUAAAGUUGAAAGUAAUAUAUCAAAAAACUAAAUGUAAUUGAUGUAUUUAAAUUCCCCAGAAAGAGUUUAUUUUCCUGCUUUGUACAUUUGUGGAAACAUUUGUGAAAAAAAACAAACAUGCAUGGUGAUUGAAUAUAUUUUUACAUGCAUUCCUGUCUUGUGACCACUGAUUUGUAAACCCUUUUGUAAUCUGUCUUGAAAAAUAUCUUUUAAAUUGUGA